AUGGCUGUAACGACUUCUUCAGUGGCUGGAAUCAUCGCCGGUUUAAACCCGCUUGUGUAUUCAGCAUCAGCACCUUACACACUUUUCCUCUUCCAAGCGGUUUUCAUUAUUCUAUUAUGUCUGAUUAUCCAUAUUCCGCUCAGCAAACUCCAACAACCGAGAGUUAUUGCAGAAGUCAUCACUGGUAUCCUCUUGGGUCCCUCUGUAAUGGGCCAUGUACCUAACUUCACUACAACUUGUUUCUCCGCUGCAUCAAUUCCCAGUUUAACGUUGUUUGCAAAUAUUGGUAUCAUAUUGUUUUUGUUCAUCAUUGGUUUGGAAGUUGACGUAAAGUUCAUUAUCAAAAAUGCUAAAGCGGCCGUCACAGUCGGUUUGAUUAAUAUGGCUGUACCAUUUGCCUUGGGUUGUGGGAUUGCAAAGGGCUUUUAUGAACACUAUCGUGUUGACGAUGACACAUUAAAGCCUAUUGAUUUUACCACUUACAUGGUAUUCAUCGCUGUUGCUUUAUGUAUCACUGCCUUCCCUGUUUUGGCUAGAAUUUUGACGGAAUUGAAUCUUAUUGGAGAUCGUGUUGGUACCAUCGUCCUUGCUGCUGGAAUUACUAACGAUUUGGUAGGUUGGAUACUCCUAGCAUUGGCUGUCACAUUGGCUAACGCUUCUGACGGUAUAAAUACGCUUUACAUUUUGUUGUUAACUGUUGCUUGGUUUUUAUUUUUAUCGUACCCAGUUAGGUUAACUAUGAAAUUUCUUUUGAAGAGAUAUACGACAGAUUUACAAUCUGGAGAACCAUCGCAAAUAUCAAUGAUGUUAAUUCUCGUGUUGGUAUUCAUUUCUGCUUUCUAUACCGAUAUAAUUGGUGUUCACCCAAUUUUCGGUGCAUUUAUGGUUGGUGUGAUUGUUCCAAGGGAUAAUGGGUAUGUUAUCAAAAUCACCGAGAAGUUGGAAGAUCUUGUCCACAUUGUCAUGAUCCCAAUUUAUUUUGCUCUUGCAGGGCUAUCUGUGAAUUUGGGAGAUCUCAGUCAAGGGAUUGAUUGGGCUUACACUAUUGGAAUUAUUUUAUUGGCCAUGUUUGGUAAAAUCAGUGGAGGCUUUUUUGCUGCCAAGUUGAAUAAGUUGUUGUGGAGAGAAUCUUUGGCUGUAGGGAUUUUAAUGAGUUGUAAGGGUAUCGUGGAAAUUGUUGUAUUAAACGUUGGUCUUAAUUCUGGAAUUAUCAGUCAAAAGGUUUACUCAAUGUUCAUCGUCAUGGCCUUGGUUACGACGUUCCUUACCACGCCGUUAGCACUCUUGGUGUAUCCUGUCUCUUAUAGAGAAAAGAGGGAUAAAUUCAUAAAUGGAGAAAUCGAAUGGGACGGAACUCCAAUUCUGCAGGUUGAUAGUAAGAGUAGGACCUCUUCUACAGCUAACGAAGAUGUAGAGAUUAUUGAAGAAAGUAGCGAUGGAGUAACUAAUAAUUUAAUCAAGAAAGUUAGAGGAAGAAAGGAAUUGACUAUUGAAAAUUUCAAAAACUUCAAAUUAUCAAACCUUAUCGUGUUGGUAAAAAGUUUAGAAUCUAUUUCAUCCUUAAUGAACUUUGUGCAUGAUUUUGCAUCCUUUGAUUUAGACGAGGAAGACGAUGAGUACCACUCUAACUAUGAGGUAGAUGUUAAAGCUAUCCACUUAAGAGAGUUUUCUUCAAGAACCUCUCAUUUGUUAGAAGCUUCACAAGCCCAAGGUGACGAUUAUUUUGAAGAAACCAAUUCGACAUCGUCCCUUUUGGCUAUUUUAAGAAUCUUCACUAAUAUGCUUAAUAUCCACUUCACAUCAUAUUCUAUUUUAGCACCUACAAAGAAUCAUUUACUAUCUAUCAAUGAGCAUAUUUCAAACGAAAACUCAAACUUUUUGAUGGCAAGUGUUCCAUUGAAGAAAUUUGUUCCGGAAAAUGAAUACUUCUCCUCUAUGUCUUUAGGGGCUGCAUUGCUUGAGGCAGAGAACUCAGACAUUUCGUUCUACAAGAAAUUGUUCCAUUCUGCCAGCUGCAGUUUUGGUUUACUUUUGACCAAUGGAAAUAUUGGUUCCAAGAAGUACGAUGACUUUGUUAGCGAGAAACCCAAGGCUAGAAAACAAUUAACGAGACAAGGAAGUAAUUCGAACUUUGGAUUGAAGUCUAUCAAUUUAAUUUUGAAUCAUGAGAAUGUCUUGACUGAAAGUGAUUUAUUGGCAUUAAAUGUUGUCUUCAAGUUGGGAUUCAACUUAGCUAGAAUCAAUGUUUUCGUCAAAUCAUCCCCAGCAUCAAGAACUAGUUUUGAUCAACAAAUUGAAAAAUUGUUCAACUAUAACUCCCAUAUUGAUUUAUCAAUACAUCACCUCAAAGAUUCUAAUCAUUUUGCAGAUGAAAUUCAAAGAAUAAGACCGAAUAUUAGUGCGGAAUUGUUUGUUAUUGCAAACAAUAUUGCCAAAGACGAUAUUGAAAAUAUAUUUGAUAAAAACGUCAAUCAACUUCUUGAUUUAAGUGCAAGUGAGAACUUUGAUGUUUUGAUUGUCAAAGCAGCUCAAAGAUAA